AUGUUCUGGACUCGGCCUUGGGCUUUUCUAGCGAGACUAAAGACGCAGGGUUGUCAUUAUUGGUUGGAUAUGUUUAAAGCUUUGGGGCUAGAUAAGCUUUUGUCGUUGCCCUUUCGUGACAAUCCUCUCAAUAGCACGGGAUAUAUACUAGCAAGUAUCUACAAACAGAAAUGGAUUGACUAUUUUAUGAAGAAGAGGAAGCUUUCUGGAGAGGCAGCACAUAGGCUAGGUGCAUUGUGUACAUCGUCUAACUGUGGUCUCCAGGAAGGAGCAAUGGAGCUCACGAUACCGAAUCCUUUGUGUCGUACGUCGUUGACGUUGUACGUGAGUUGGUGUUAUGAUCCAGAACUUUGUCUGCAAAUGACAAAUGGCGUUCUUACGAAUACCGACAAGUUUGCAAAAAGAAUGCAGCAAUUGAAUGUCUGA